CCGAUCCAUCGUCAGUUCAGUUAUCGUCGUCUAUUGGAUUUCAAAGACUUGCGACUCCUAGUACAACACACCACACAGACUAUUUCGCGCCGUCRACAUGAAGAUGUUUUUAUUUAUUGCAUUAGUCGCUUUUGCGGCGGCUCAUCCACAAGGCUAUGAAUCUGAAGCAUCUUCUGGUUAUGGAUCUCCGACUACACCAUCUUCUCCUUCAUCUUAUCAAGGAAAUUUUGGAAGUUACCAAAAAUCCCCUGAAGUUUUAGCAUACUCUUCUGGAUCUCCGACUGGCUAUCAAGGUUAUCAAGGUAGUGGAGCUGCUGGAUAUCAAUCUACUUCUGGAUCGUAUCAACAAUCAACCUCAGCCCCCGCAUACAAAACUAAUGCAUUCUCUGGUUACCAAUCUGGCGCGGGAUCCGGUGCACAGUCUGGUUAUCAGUCUGGUGUCUCUUCUUAUCAGUCUACUCCAGCAACUUUACAAUACUCAAAAGUUGGACAGUCUGGUUACCAGUCUGGUGCUGGAUCUUACCAGUCGGUCCCAGCUGUACCAUCAUAUUCGCAAAAUGCACAGUCUGGUUACCAAUCUGGAGCUGGUUCYUACCAGUCGGCUCCAGCAUCACCAGCGUUCUCUCAAGCCGCACARUCUAUUUACCCAUCUGGUUCUGGGUCUUACCAAUCAUCUGCUCUUAACUCACAGUUAUACUCUCAAGCUGGACAAUCUAACUAUCAAUCUGGUGUUGCAUCUUACCAGUCUAGCGCUGCUGCUUCUUCUUAUCAAUCUACACCAGCUGCCCAAUCAUAUUCCCAAAGUGCAAAAUCAAGUUAUCAACCUUCCCCUGCAUCGUAUGGUUCAAAAUCGACUGCUGYACCGUCAUACCAAUCAUCKGGAUUGUCAUCACAAUAUCAAUCAUCUGGACCGUCAUCACAAUACCAAUCACAAGCCUCUCAAUCGUCAUACGGCCAACGUUCCCGCCCAAAGCCUGUUUCGUCGACAUUAUACCAAAAAGCUGGAUCUGAAUACGAAAGUGCUAAAGGACCAAGUGCAUCGGUUGAUUCUUACAAGCCAGGUAAUAAUGGAUACAACGCUUUUGCACCGGGCAAUAUCGCUGGACCAUCUGAAGUUAAAGGAACAAGUGCACCUGUUAAUGCACAAUUUGAUGCUUACAAGCCAGGUAACAAUGGGUUCAACGCUUUUGCACCAGGCAAUAUCGCUGGACCAGCUGAAGUUAUCCCUAUUCUAUCUCAGUCUAACCAACCAAAUCUUGGAGAUGGCUCUUACUCAUAUAGUUACGAAACUGGCAAUGGCAUUUCAGUAUCUGAGUAUGGCCAACUUAAGCCAGGUGGCCCAGAAGGRAUUCAAUCUGUCUAUGGAUCUUUCAGCUAUCCUGGAGAAGAUGGACAACUCAUUACAGUGACUUACACAGCUGAUGAAAACGGAUUUGUUCCUAAAGGCUCUCAUUUACCUACACCACCACCAAUACCAGCUGAAAUUCUUCAAUCAUUGGAACAAAAUGCCGCUGAGGAAGCUGCACAACAAGCAUACCAACAACAGUCGAAUYAUGGACAAAAUGGCGCUUCGUCUUCAUAUGGAAAAGAAUCAGGAGCCUAUGGCCAGACAUCUGCACCUGGAUCUUAUGGACAAACAUCUGCUCCUGGAUCGUAUGGACAAACAUCCGUUUCUGGAUCUUACGGACAAACUCCUGCUCCUGGAUCUUACGGACAAACUCCUGCUCCUGGAUCUUACGGACAGACAUCUGCUCCUGGAUCUUAUGGACAAAAAUCUGCUCCUGGAUCGUAUGGACAAACAUCUGCUCCUGGAUCUUACGGUCAGACUUCUGCCCCUAGCUCUUACGGACAAUCACCAACUUCUGCACCAAAACAACCGAGCUAUCAGAAACCACAGGGUUCAUCUGGAUAUGGCACAGAAGCUAGUGAACAAUCUUAUGGACAAUCUUCUUCCGCAAGUCAAUUGUAUAAGUCACCACAAGGUUACCAAAGCCCAAGUGCAUCAGCUUACAAAAAGUCUCCCAGUGCAUCGGCUUAUUAAAUUCAGUUAUGAUUCCAAUAAUUUAAAUUCAAAUAAUUUAUAGUAUUUUCAUACAAUAUUUAUUUCUUUAUUGAAUAAAAAUUUAUUUUUGUAUAAAUAACGCCUUGUACAUAUGACACACAAUAUACACAUCCCCCUUUCUUUUACAUACAUCAUGUGAAUCUUCACAUCAACUAAACAGUAAUCAGUAUUGUUUGCUCAUACUGAUCUAGUAGUUGUAGCUUGACUUAUGUAAUCUUGUAUAAAUUAACUGAGUGUCAAAUCGUCCAUGGUCGUGGGCACACCUGUUGGAUGAAAAAAAAGUGUCAUCCGUGACAAGCCCAAGACAUGAUAAUAAUUGUUACCAUUUCAGUCACACGUUUAUAUCGCCCAAUUUAAUAUUAUACUUUCGUAACACAUAUUAUAAUUAUAUGUAAAUACAUUACGAUACUUAUGAAGGUUUUGUUAUGACUGUAAAAAUGAAACUUGUACUUGUAUGUGUUGUAUUUAUGUAUGAUAUAAUAUGACAAAAAUAUAUUAUAGUUUAGGUAUA